AUGCACAAUACGAAUGGUGAUACAUUCCAGACUCCGGGACCCGGAGCCUACAGUCCUGAGAAAGCUCCACCUUUGAACCUUCACCACAGACCUCCGUCUUACACCAUGGCCUUCCGUACACGCUACCGCAGUGUGGAUCCUGUACCGGCCCCCAACCGCUACACCUUACCCAACCUCUUCAGCUCUCACGUUCCCCACAAACCCUCCAGCGCCAGCUUCACCAUGUCAGCACGCAGGAAAGCAGGCGGCCCAUCGGAGGACUUAUCCAUGACCCCGGGGCCCGGCCGUUACAACAACACAGAUCCGAGCAUCUACCUGAACAGACAGCCUUCUUUCUCUAUGCACAGCCGUUUUAAUAUUCCCACCGAUGCCACUCGGAAACCUGGCCCAGGCACACACAGCCCAGAAAAGGUGACGGCAUACCUGCAUCGUGCACCAUCUUUCUCCAUGGGUGUUCGUCACUCAGAGUUUGUAACACCUCUGAUUGUUGACGUUUUGUUGGCACCUACAAAAAAGGAUUUGUUAAGGGAAAAAUAA